AUGAAUAACAUCGCAUCCACAGAGAAUCUCCGGUACGACAACAAGGUCGUCGUCGUUACUGGAGCUGGUGGUGGACUUGGAAAGGCGUAUGCACUUUUCUUUGCUUCUCGUGGAGCAAGUGUAGUAGUAAACGACUUAGGCGGUUCUUUCAAAGGAGAGGGGAACUCUACAAAGGCCGCAGACGUAGUGGUUGAUGAGAUCAAGAAGGCCGGCGGCAAAGCUGUAGCAAAUUACGACUCUGUAGAGAAUGGAGAGAGGAUUAUUGAAACUGCUGUCAAAGCCUUCGGAACUGUACACAUUCUGAUCAACAAUGCUGGCAUUCUCAGGGAUGUUGCGUUCCGGAACAUGAAGGAUACCGAUUGGGAUUUAAUCCAAAAGGUCCAUGUUAAGGGCUCUUAUAAGUGUACUAAAGCUGCAUGGCCAAUUUUCCGAAAACAAAAAUAUGGCAGAAUUAUCAAUACGGCUUCAGCGGCCGGUUUAUUUGGGAGCUUUGGUCAGGCGAAUUACUCGGCCGCAAAGCUAGGAAUGGUCGCUUUUUCAGAAGUUCUUGCCAAGGAGGGUGCUAAAUACAACAUCAUGACUAAUGCGAUUGCACCGAUUGCUGCAUCCAGGAUGACGGAGACAGUUAUGCCCCCUGAAGUAUUAGAAAAUCUCAAGCCAGACUGGGUUGUGCCACUUGUUGCCGUACUCGUUCAUGAUUCCAACGUCGGUGAGUCAGGUGGAAUAUACGAGGUUGGCGCCGGUCAUGUCGCCAAAUUACGAUGGGAGAGAUCAAAAGGUGCCUUAUACAAAACCGAUGUUUCUUUGACCCCCAGCGCCAUUUCAAGGAAGUGGGAUGCUGUCAACGAUUUCACCAACCCAGACCAUCCCACUGGGCCUGCAGAUUUUAUGGGACUUCUCGAGGCCGCAGGUGAGAUGUCAAGCAACGAACAAGGCGAGGAGAUUAGCUUCAAGGAUAAAGUUGUUCUGGUUACUGGAGCUGGUGCAGGUCUUGGUCGUGCAUAUGCGCUUCUCUUCGCCAAGCUCGGCGCAUCGGUCGUUGUUAAUGAUGUUAUGAACCCUGAUACCACUGUUGCAGAAAUCCGUAAAGCUGGCGGAAAGGCUGUUGGUGACAAGCAUUCAGUGGAGGAUGGUGCAGCCCUCGUUGAUACCUGCGUGAAGUCCUUUGGGGCAGUCCACGUCAUUAUCAAUAAUGCAGGUAUUUUGCGCGAUAAAUCUUUCGCUGCCAUGACCGAUGAGCAAUGGGAUCAGGUUAUGGCCGUUCAUCUCAACGGAACAUAUGCGGUCACCAAGGCUGCCUGGCCUAUCUUCUUGAAGCAGAAGUAUGGACGUAUUGUCAACACGACUUCCACUAGUGGUAUCUACGGGAACUUUGGGCAGGCAAAUUAUGCCACCGCCAAACUCGCCAUUCUCGGGUUUUCAAGGGCGUUGGCAAGGGAAGGUGUUAAGUAUAAUAUUCUUGUCAAUACUAUUGCCCCAAAUGCCGGCACAGCAAUGACGAGGACCAUAAUGCCAGAGGAAAUGGUUCAAGCUUUCAAGCCAGAAUACGUUGCUCCACUUGUAGUCUUUCUAUCCUCUGACAAGGUCCCCACACCAGGUACCGGUGGUCUAUAUGAAGUAGGCUCUGGCUGGGUUGGGAGGACUCGCUGGCAGCGGACAGGUGGCUAUGGAUUCCCUGUUGAUGUUCCCCUCACCCCGGAAGCUGUCCGUGCAGCUUGGGAGAACAUCGUUACAUUCGAAGAUGGACGUUCGGAUAACCCAGAGAGUCCUCAAGAUGGUCUCAAGAGGGUUAUGGAGAAUCUUCAGAACCGCAAAUCUGGUGGAAAGAAGAAGGGCGGUGUGAACAAGGAGAUCCUCGAGAACAUUGAGAAGGCCAAAAAGUCACAAGCUGUGGGAACAAAAUAUGAGUAUGACGAUAGAGAGGUUAUCCUUUACAAUCUCAGCAUCGGUGCUAAAAAGACGGAUCUUAAGUGGACUUAUGAAGGAAGUGAAAGCUUCGAGGCUUUGCCAACUUUCGGUGUUGUCCCCUACUUCUCAUCGGAGGUGCCCUUCAACUUGGAUGAUAUCGUCCCUAACUUCAAUCCUAUGAUGCUGCUACAUGGUGAACAGUUCCUCGAGAUCAAAAAGUUCCCAAUUCCGACUUCGGGGACUUUGAAGUCUUACCCAUCACUCGUUGAAGUUGCCGACAAGGGUGCCGCGGCUGUUGUUGUUAGCAGAUGUGAAACCAAAGACUCAACCGGGGAUAUCGUUUUCGUCAAUGAAAGUACCACUUUUAUCCGUGGCUCGGGUGGCUUUGGGGGCCCAAGCAAGGUUGCGGAUCGAGGUGCUGCGACCGCCGCAAAUAAACCCCCUGCCAGAGCGCCGGAUGCUGUUGUAGAGGAAAAGACAAGCGAAGACCAGGCCGCUCUUUAUAGAUUGAAUGGCGACAGGAACCCUCUACACAUUGACCCUGAUUUCUCGAAAGUCGGCGGUUUCAAGACUCCCAUUCUACAUGGUCUUUGUUUCAUGGGUAUCUCUGGGAAGCAUAUCUAUCAAACUUUUGGCGCUUUCAAGAAUCUGAAGGUUAGGUUUGCGGGUGUCGUCCUCCCUGGCCAGACUUUGAGGACAGAGAUGUGGAAAGAAGGUGGUAAGAUCAUCUUCCAAGUCACCGUCGUGGAGACUGGGAAGCCAGCAAUUCUUGCCGCAGCGGCUGAGCUCCUAGAGACUGGACCAAAGUUGUGA